GACAUUACUACCUGUUGUCGGCAAACGGCAGCAACAUCAUCAACCAAAUUAGUGGAUAAUCUCUAGGAGGAAAUGAGACCCAUGCUGAUCCUUGUGGCCCUGGCAGGCUUUGGCCUCUGCGUUCGGGCCGAUGUCUCCCACCUGUACGGAGGAGGCCACCACGAUCAUGGCCAUGAUCAUGAUCACCAUCACCACCAUGAUCACGAUCAUGAUCACCACCACUACGAUGCCCACUCCCAUAGUCACCAUGAUCUAACGCACGAUCAUCAUGAUCUGCACAUUGAUCUGCACUACCAGCCGGAUCACCACCAUCAUCAUCACCACGAGGCCAAGUUCGAUAUCCCCGGUGGAUACAGCUAUGAUGCUCCCGAGAAGCCGCGCCAGAAGUACCUGCCCCCCAAGGUGGCCCUUCCACCGCCACCACCUCCUCCGCCCAAGGCCACCUAUCUGCCUCCCUCGAAGCCCGAGGUGAAGUACCUGCCCCCCGAACCGGUGGCCAAGUAUCUGCCAGCCAAGGUCGCUCCCAGCCUGCCGCCACCACCACCACCCCCAGUUGUGGCCCCCAAGCCCACCUAUCUGCCGCCCAGUCAACCGGAGACCAAGUACCUGCCUCCUCCGACGCCCGAGGUGAAGUACCUGCCUCCAGCCCCAGUGGCCAGGUAUUUGCCGCCCAAGGUGGCUCCUAGCCUUCCUCCUCCACCACCACCGCCACCAGUGGCUCCCAAGAAGCUUUACCUGCCUCCUGCCGAGCCAGAGAGUAAGUAUCUGCCUCCCUCGAAGCCCGUGGAGAAGUAUCUGCCCCCCAAGCCGGAGCCACAGUACUCGCCGCCCCAACCCGAGGUGGACUUCCACAUCCCGAUUCCCUCCUACGCCCUGCCCCUAGGCCCUGCUCCAAGUCCCAUCCAGGAUGCCGAGCCGGGCUACAGCUACAAGCCACCACUUCGUCGCUUCAGGCAAUAGGAUUAAAAUAAACCACUAACCAGCGAAGAAAAAACACACCCACAAUAACCAAACAAAACUCAUAAAGCCCUGCAUCUAGUUUUAAGCUGUACAAAUUAAAAGCGUCUAUACCACAAA